AUGAUUGAGAAUGAGUUAUUUUCAGGCAGUGAAGCAACCUGCCCGCCGAUCACGCUUUCGAAAGGCUCUGCGAUUUACUUUCAGGAUACAGACAGUGAGCAAUACGUUACAAACACGAUGGCUGUCAUAAUUUGCCCGCUUGGACAAGUGCCGAGCGAAAGUCUACUCUCAUUCUGUAAAAACGGUGCAUGGGCACCAUCAUUCGGUGUAUGUGAGCCACUGUUACCAAAAGUUGCUAGCAAACUGAUCAGUUUCAUAUUGUGA